UUUAAUAAUGCGUAAAAUUGCUUUUGCUUUGUAAGGUUACAGAGUCUAUCUCAUCAUAGCAACGAAUGGUUUCGUUCUUUAGCUCUGUCAAGUCCAAAGAUUUGCGCGAUCAUAAAAUUGUCAGUCGUGGCUAUUUUCAUUGCUGGUUUUACUGUAGCAUUAGCUAACAUUUAUCACCAUGCAUCACACCACACUGUUGGUAAAAGUCAUUGUGAAACCUCUGACAUCACAUUAAAUUAAUGGCUACCCAUCCUGGAAAAGUCAUAGAUCACUUAUCACAAAUUGUUUAAUUCCAAUGAUAUUUGUCAUGGUUAUGAAUGUCCAAAAUACACAUUGAAAAAAGAACUGAUGAUUACGAAUUGCGAUGCUACCCAUCUUAUACUUGGGUUGGAACAAGUUACACUGGUAAGGAGCGCUCUAAGGAAACCAUAAGAGAUAUAUUUUUGAAACUGUUUCAUUAUAUAAAUGGUGGUAAUGCAAACAAAACAAAGAUGGAGAUGACUGUUCCCGCGGCAACAAGAAUUACAAUUUCAACACGUGGCCGAUGCUCUUUUUUGUCCCAGAGAAACACCAAACCAACACACCUGUACCCACGAAUCCUCAAGUGUCUAUUCUUCAAGCACCCAAGAGCUGCGUUUAUGUCAGAAUUUUAAUAUGUUCAUUGGAGAUGAAAAGGUGAAACAUGAGUUUGAGAAACUGGUAGAAUCACUCGGAAAUGAUUGUAUUACAGAUUUCAUCGCGCCCAAGUCAUAUUUUAUCUCAGGCAGUUUUGACAGUCAGUUCACCCUACCUGUCUUACGUCACAAUGAGAUAUGGUUUCAGCAAACUUCAGGAAACAACUUGUAUUUGGAAUGAGGUCUUUCUUCUGUCUCGAACAACUUUGAUAAGAAAAACUUUGCGAGAUUUUUGAAAACGCGUAAAACUCGCGAUUUGUUUAUUGAACAUGUGAAACUCGUGUAAAAAAAGGAAAAAUAAAAACGGUUUUUUUGUCUUAAA